UUGAAAGUUCAUGUAAAUUUAAAACAAUAUUGACAAAAAAAAACGGUAAAUUUGUGUAAUGCCUGCCUCAAAAAGGAAUUCUGGCGAUGCCACAAAAAAAAUGGAGGAUGGGCACAGACCUCGUCCUAUGAAAAACAUGAAACCAUCAGAGAAAAAGCCCAACAGCGCAGAUCAGUUCUGGGAGGAACACCAGGCAGAGUACGAGAAACGGGGCAAGCAAAGCAACAGAGUGGAUUGGGUUGAGAACCAUAAUAGGGCCUAUCCCCAACUGAGGGAUGAGCUACAGAAACGACGGUCGACAACUCAGUGUCACCCCGAAGAACUGCUAAAAGCAGGUUGCGCCAGUCAUCAAAGUGAGGGUUCCCAUCAUUCGGUCGCUUUAAGCUCUAAGAGCCACAACUCUCACCAAGAGGACAGGAGCUGGCGCACGGACUCCCUUAACUCACCUUCCAGCAUAGCAACCCUUAGUAGCUACCAGUCUUAUGGAACCAUUAACCAAGAACCGAUGAUCGGUCGCCGGUGAUGAUGACGAUGAUGGUGAUGAAAAAGGUCA